AUGGUUGGUCGUUCGAAACAUCGAGCGGAGUUCGAAUUACACUCGGAGGAUGCCGAUGUUCCAUUACUUUGUCUCAGACUGUCCACUGGCCAUGACGUCACAUUUGCGAAUCCGAAGGUAUUUAAGCUUGCAAUAACAGUUUCAGUCUUGUUCUUGCACAACCUCGAGCAUUUAUCCCCAAAGCCGAACUGUUUCACAGAUCGCAUCACAAUGGCCACCCCCCAUACACCACCAUCACAGAAGUCACAGCUACCACCGCCAGAUACAGCCCUAGUCCCUCGCCACACCUCACAAUCUGAUUAUCGCACGGGAGACCUGAAGCUAGGCCGCGAGGCUGUUCUCGCUGAUUUGGAAAGGUAUCUGCAGGUCCCGUUCGUUUCCCUAGCGAAGUGUGUUGGUCUCAUGCCUUCCCCGCAACGUCUGCAGGAUAUGCGCGACGACUUAAUUCAGAGGGAGAUUCUCACUGAAAACGAUCUGAAAUGGAAGGCCUUCAUUCGACCUGCGAACUCGAAGAGGUCCGAAGAGGGGGAACCCAUUGAUCUCAAGCUCAUUCCCUCCAAAAAGCCGCAUUUAUCUGCUAUGGUCGACGUACCCGACAGUGGUAGACUGUCUGUCUUCCUUCCCGCACAAUUAGGCAUUGUUGGGCGAAAGGAUGCACAGAUCGCACAGAGAGUCCACGCGCGCAUUGCGUUUGAUGAUGGCGGAGUCGCUAUCAAGGAUGGGAUCUCUCUGGCCGACAGCCUGAGAUGCUUGUCUGGCGGACUGAAGGGCCUAUAUUAUUUGCAUAAGGCAGGUUGGAUCCAUGGCGAUUUCAGCGUCGGGAACGUGAUUUGGGUCGUCGGCGACAACGGGAGUAUAGGCAAACUGGAAUUUCUGAAGAUGAUACCUCUCGCUGCUAACUCGUCGGCAGGGAACAAUGCAUUUCAUUUUGAUAGAAGUAGAACGUCAGCGGUACCUUUUCCAACCCCGGUCCACUGCAUCUGGGAGAACACUUCGUGCUACAAACCUCCCGCCCCCCCUCCAUUCCGCACGAACUUCCUGCACGACAUCGAAUCUGUAUGGUGGGCAUAUACGUGGAUCUUCUUUUAUCACACGGACACGAUCACGGCGAACUCCCACGAUUCCUUUGAUGUGGAUGCGCAGUUGAGACAAUACCAGCUGGCGUUCCCUGGUGUGAUUAGCCAGGAAACACGCCGGGACUUCUUCACUCGCAUCACAGAACUUCAGCGCACCUGCGAAUCUGUCCUUUCAGAUAGAUGCCUUGAUGUUUGCCAUAAUAUUGGGCAUUUUGCAAGUACUCUUCAAGACAGUCAUGAAAAGGCAGAGAAAAAGUACCCCUCGCUUAUGCUUGAUGACUCCCUUCGGGAAGAUAUGCAUGCAAAAGCCGCAGAAUAUCUCGAUGAUGCGCAAAAAGAAGCUGGUGAUAUCAAACUUUGUCGGCUCCUCAACCUCCGCAAGCAGAAGAGGCCCCGAGAAGAAGGUGACACGUUUCCUACGCCAGAUGAUGCAGGGAAGAGAAUCCGACAGGGUUGA